GUUCUCGUCGGUUCUAGUCGGUUCGGUUCUUGCUUUAGACGGUUCGGUUCGGUUCCCUUCAAGAACCGAACCGAACCGUGCGGAUCCCUACUCCUAACUACCAGCCUGUUGCUAUGGUUAAUCUCGAUGACAACUACAAAGACGCCAUUGUCCCAGUACUACGCGAUCUAGCGACGCGUGAACAAAUUGAUCUCCAAGAGAUCAUUGACGAGUUAGAAGAUCUUAUUGUAGACACAUACUCCGAGUCGCAAUCGCAAUAUAAAAGUGACUGGACGAACAACGUGCUACUUUGCGCAAAAUCAUUGAAUAUAACCUUGUCCUCGAAAAAAAUCAAUUGGAAAACGAUACAAACACGUAUCGAUCGCAAGCUGGCAUUUAAAACAUCCGAAACUUCAGCCAGCACAACAACCAGUUUCAAAAAAACUGCGUCGUCCUCGCAGCAUCACAGAAUCCUCUUGUCGGAUAGUGACAAAAAGAAGGUUGAGAAUAUGCUGGUUGAUUUGGACAAAAGAGAAUACUGGGUUUUGGAGGCCACAAAAGCUAGGGCGAAAGAAACGGGUGAACAGCCAAAUUCUGUAGAACAAAAGAUCCAUGGUUUUGCUGUCAAGUGCCACUUCUACCACCCCUGCCAAUCGCUGAUUAUCGAUCUUGUGGAUAAACAUUGGGAGGACGUUUUCAGCAAAGAAGAACUUGAUGAGAUGCGAUCGACAAGUGCAGUCGACGCAUACAACUUUGCGAGAAAACUCGACUACAACAUCGUUACUGAACCGCUGCUAGCAUGGUUGGCGCUGAGUGUGAUGAAUACAGCAAAGUAUUUUAUUGAUUCAACAUCAGAAACGACAAGCUCGCUUUUAGAAAGCGAUAAGCUAUACUACUUGUGGGGCUUUGUCAACACAGUUUUCGACCACACUGAAGUAAAGGCACUCGGCAAAGAGAUUUCUAGCGAGGCCAACGCAACGGCUAGAAACACCAAGCGAAAACUAUCCGCAAUUGAGCCCAUAACGAACAAAAAGAUGGGCAGCCGUACAGACAUCAUAUACAAGAUUAGCAACAUCGAGCUCGGCUGCUUGGAAAUCGGAGGAAAGGUCGACGCAACGAAAGAAUAUAAGGAUAGCAUGAUCAAGAUGCCACCAGUGCUCAAAGACAUGAUCAUUGCGGUAGCUGAACGAAAACGAGCGAGUUUGCGCAAGAUUCACGUCCUCGGCUAUAAUAUCAACGCUGUUCUUAGCCAUGGCCAUUCAAACCCACAUGUAUUUAAGGCGUGUACUAAAUGCAUCUUGCAUAACUUAAAUCAUCAGGUGACUCAAUCUCUCUGCUCGAUGUCGACGCCCCCAGAGGCUUUGUUACACGCAUACGUCGUAUCAAAGACGUGCCCUUCCCAUCUAGCAGCAGCGAUUACGCCACAACGAUUGUCCCGCUCUUACAACUUGCGAUUAUCGGCAAGUGUAUCAUCGAUGAUACAUGGAAGCAGUUCUGUCAAACAGAAGCAAGCUUGGCCGAUUUUGUAAGUCAAGUCUCCCCACUGCCACCAUGUUUCAUACCAGAAGCACUAUCCACAUCAAACAAGGCAGCAUCGUCAACCCCAUCCACAUCGCCAACUUCUGUCGAUUCUGAAUCAACUAGUAAAAAACGAAGAUGAGCCAAGCCUGAGCCUGAUGAACACCAAUAAGUAAUUGUAACAUAUUGAUACCCCGAGAACUAUCCCUCCAAUAAAAUCUGAAUACAAGAAAGAGCUGCAUAACAAACAUCAAGCACAUCACAUC